CAAGAGACAGGAGGAAGACGCAAAGAGACCGCUCAGCACUUUGCUGUUUGUUUCCAACUGCUCUGGUUCUCUAUCCGAGCUUUUUGAAAAGGUCUAACUACCGCUUGUACUAUGCGCCCGCUUUUCAACAGCCCUCUUUCUGUUUACCACCCUAAAUGUUCCUCACCUAGUGCGCCAUGAAAGUCAAAGUGAUUUCCCGCUCAGAGCAAGAUUUCACCAAGGAGCGCACAGAGGAUGUGCAAAAGGUGUACCGCAACCUAGACCCUGCACUUCACCCCUUUGAAAAAGCGCAUGAAUACACGAGGGCGCUCAAUGCUGCCAAGCUAGACAAGGUUUUUGCAAAGCCGCUGAUUGGAGCUCUAGAUGGACAUGCCGACAGCGUCUCCUGCAUGGCCAAGAAUCCCCGGAGGCUUAAUUGCCUCCUCUCAGGGUCCAUGGAUGGGGAUAUCCGGUUGUGGGACCUGGCAUAUAGAAGGACCAUCCGGCAGUUCCCUGGUCACCGAGGCGCGGUGACCGGCCUGGCCGUGUCGCAUGAUGGGGAGCACUUCGUGUCGUGUAGCUCUGAUUGCACGGUGCGUCUUUGGAGCUUGCCUCAAACGGAGAUGGGAGAAGCCUCCGGGACAGACAUUGAGACGCAGGAACCAGUGGUUACAUUACAAGGGAAGAAUGGUUUCAGAGCGCUGGACCACCACUGGAAGGGGCCUCUCUUUGCCACGACCGGCGCGCAAGUUGACAUCUGGGAUCACAACAGGUCGGAUCCAAUCAACUCUUUCUCGUGGGGCUCUGAGUCCGUGAUUUCUGUACGAUGGAACCCUGCCGAACCUGACGUGUUCGCCACAACCGGAAGUGACAGGAGUAUCGUCCUGUACGACAUGCGAGUCAGCACCCCGCUCAGGAAGCUGAUCAUGCAGACCCGAUGCAACGCGCUGGCCUGGAAUCCCCGGGAGGCGUUCAACUUCACGGUAGCCAACGAGGACUGCAACUGCUAUACUUACGACAUGCGCAAGAUGAAGAGCGCGCUCUGUGUACAUAAAGACCACGUCUCUGCUGUAAUGGACAUUGACUACUCUCCGACGGGCCGGGAGUUCGUGACGGGCUCGUACGACCGCAGCGUGCGGAUAUUCGAGUACAACGCGGGGCACAGCCGGGAGGUGUACCACACGAAGCGGAUGCAGAGGGUGUUCUGUGCGAAGUUCAGCGGGGACGCUACGUACGUAUUGACGGGCAGUGACGACACCAACAUUCGGAUAUGGAAAGCGAAAGCCUCGGAGCAACUAGGAGUGAAACUGCCACGGGAAAAGGGCAAACAGGCAUACAUGGAAAAAGUGAAGCAGCGGUACAAGUUCCUGCCAGAAAUCAAGCGGAUAGACAGGCAUCGACAUGUACCAAAAGCUAUCUACAAAGCGGAGAAGCUCAGACAAACGGUUGCAAACUCGGAUAGAAGAAAAGACGAUAGAAGGAAGAGGCAUAGUGCACCAGGCUCCAUACCCAACAUCCCCGCCAGGAAAAAGAAGAUUGUACAAGAACUUGAAUGAGGC